AUGUUUCGAGAGUUGUUUGCCAUUCACUCACCAGGCACGAUUAAACGGUUGUUUCAUUUGAGCUCUUUCGUUGGUCUUCAUUUGCCUGAAACCAAGAUCAAAAUGUUUGAAACAACCGGUCAUGUGGCUGUAAUGAAGUUGGUGUUGCUGUUUUUUCUCUUCUUUUACAUCCGAAGCGUCAGCACAGUCGCCCCAGCCAAGGUAGGGUUAAAAUACGAUAAAUUAUUACAUUUGAAAUAUGAUUAAGACAAUCUUUGUUUCUGGCUUGGUGUAAAGACUUUCGAUUACCAGCUGUAAGAUGGCUUUAAUUUAUGUCAUCACAGUGUUCCUUCUUAUUUCUCACAAUAUUCUCCACGACGCAUCUUCAACAACUGAAAGUUCCUGACAUACUUGUUAAAAAAUGCUUGAUACGAUAAGAGGGCAACCACUUACACAUUCUUGGAAGAUUUCCACUUGGUUUGUUAAUUAACAGGGACGAUUUAUUUGUUUACUUAGGGCGUGGAUUUUGCAUAUGUGGUCUGAGUGGUGUCAUCGUUGACCUUCAGUAUCUUCUUAUUUUUUCGUUUUUUUCAUUUAUUCUUUAUUUUUAUUUUUACCUAACUUAGGAAAAAGUGAGACUUUUUCCAUUUCGUAUUGUGACUGUUUUUCCGCGUCCUUUGAAAGAAGGUCAACCACUUACUUAAACUUAAAAUUAUUUAUUUGUUUCCUUGGUCAUGGAUGGAUGCAACUUGUUUCCCCUAACUUUUUGAUCUAAAAACAACUUUUGCGACACUUUUUUUUCACUGCUGGCUGGGUAUUUUAUAUACAUUCCUAAGGGCCAUCCUGGAAAAGAAAACCACAUAAGACGCAAGGAACAUCCAAACUAGCGGGAGUUGCGUGAUUUUUAUUCAAUACAUGCACGUUAAUCAGUUAUUUUAGAUUAGAUAACCAUUUAUACUUUUUUAAGACACCCUCAUAUGUCGAGUGCCGCGCAAUAUCUAGGCUAUGUUUUGCUUUCGUUUGGUCUUACAAAUUAUUUAUUUCACAGAAUCCCAGUUUGUGCGCGCAAGGAGCAACUGGACUUCCCGGACGAAAUGGUGUGAAUGGACAUAAUGGGUUACCAGGCCGUGACGGUCGAGAUGGUGCAAAGGGUGAGAAAGGCUUGUCAGGUCCAUCUGGACCACGUGGUUUUAAAGGAGAAGCAGGUAUGAAAGGCGUGGCAGGUCCACCUGGACCACGUGGUUUUAAAGGAGAAGCGGGUGAGAAGGGCGUGUCAGGGCCACCUGGGCCACGUGGUAUUAAAGGAGAAGGGGGACCAGUUGGAAAGGUCGCUGCUGAACAAAGAAACUGGAAACAGUGCGCGUGGAAAAAGCAUGACGGCCGUGAUAUUGGCCUUAUUAAGGUGACUGCAUGGGAGAAAAAUUACAAAUUUCUUUCUUAAAGUCGGUGUUACUGGGCAAUAAAAACUGAGGCGAGGGAGUCACAUUUGAUAGAUAGGGCCAUGACUCUUGAACCUAAAGGCCAUUAAGAAGCGAUUCUCAAAUGUUCCAGUCCUUAGUUUCCUUUUGUGGGUUAUUCUUGUCUUUGCGUUUGACUGUUUUUCAACUAACCUUAACGCGAAGAUAAAGGUUAAUUUAAAUUGUACCCUUCAUAACUUCGAACGCAACCUUUACCUAAUAUUAUGGGAAUUUAACUCGGUUGUUCAUUCGAUCACUAGUUGUGGUCAUCAGAUACCUAAAACGAACUUAUGUGAUAGAAAAUCCCUUUUUGAAAACAUGAACUUUGCUAUACGGAGCAUACAGCUGACCGUCAGUUGUCCUAGGUAGUCUAGGUAGCGCGAACAAAUUGGGUUCAGGAAUUGUUUGCAGGGAGUGCGGAAGGAAGAAAGGAAGAAAGACCGCCUGAUCGCAGGUCAACACCUCAGGUUGCCUCGUUUUGCCUUCUCCACCCGCCCCUUCUCCUCAAGCUCCCCGACCCCUUCCCCCACUAGGCAAGAUUGCCACUGUCAUAUAAACUGCAGUCGGCUGAAAUUUUUAACGAUGAAGUGAAUUCAGUUGGAAAGCCGAAAGUCAAUCUGAGGUAGGGGUUGCUCGGGUUUCCGACACCAUAUAAAUGUUGCCUUAGAACACGGCAGUGUUGAUAAGGUAAGGAAAGAAUCGUAGAGCAGACGACUCAACAGGUUUCUUCUGUCACUUACUUUCAGGGUAAUUUUUCUGGCUUGUUAUAUGUGUGCCAAAAUAUCCGUAUGCCGUUAUAUCGGUAUGCAGUAAUGAUAAACUACCAUGACCUGAAGUCAUUUGGCUAGCCGAGAGUUCGGUAGGGCUGUCUCCGGCACCCGACCGAUAUAAAUGUGCCAUUAGAAAAUUUAGAAAUGAUGUCGUGUAUCAGCUAAGGAAAAAAUCGUAAGGCAGAGGACUUAAGGCAAUCAUCAGUCAUUUACUUUCACUGACAUUUUUUAUGUGUGCCAAAGUAAAAAUACGCAUCGCUCUUUGCGUUAUAUCGGUGGCUGUAAAACCUUAAUUAAUUCUCUUAACAUAGUCACAAAAUUGGAACAGAACAGACGUUACGAUUUGAAUAAUAACGUGGAUCAUAUUUCACGGUGUUCUGUGUGGCAGUGGUCGCUAACAGUAUAUGAUGCUGUGUUUUCAGGAUUGCCAGUUUACUAAAAUUAAAGACAAUACAACUCUUCAUGUUGUCUUCCAAGGAAAUAUCUAUCUGGGAGGGUGCAGUGACUGCUGCAAGCGAUGGUUCAUCACUUUCAACGGCGCCGAGUGUAGCGGUCCUCUGCCUAUUGACGCAGCUCUGUGGAUCCCCAGUAGUAACUCUCAUGACUACAGACACGGAGCAAUAGAGGGCUACUGCGACAACAUCAGAAAAGGGAAUAUUCGCGUUGGCAUCAACAUUGGAAACUGUCCCGGUUAUGGAAGCUCUGAUGGUCAGACGGGAUGGAUGUCAGUGUCUCGUUUGAUUAUCGAAGAAGUUCCUCGGUCCCAGCAGUAA